CCUCCGCCCAUCUCCGCGUGUGCCAUUGAAACUCCUCCACUCCGCCGCCCGUCAUGUCUAUCGCCUCCAAGGCCGCCACCUCGCUGGUCCGCCAAGCGGCGCGCCAGCAGGCGCCCUCGACGCUCUGCAGCUCCAGCGUCGCCAUGCAAAAGCGCACCCAGGCCAGUGCCACCGACGCCUCGACCUCGCACGCCCAAUGGAACUCACCCUUCUCGCGCGGUACCAGCGGACAGCAGGACACCACCAAGAUCCCCAGCUUCAAGGCAUACAAGAACGGAAGCGAGACUGCCAACAAGGUGUUCCAGUACUUUAUGGUCGGAACCCUCGGUGGUCUGUCGGCUAUGGGCGCCAAGGACACAGUAGCAAACUUCCUCGUCAACAUGUCGGCAUCCGCCGAUGUCCUUGCCCAGGCCAAGGUCGAGGUCGACCUCGCCGCCAUCCCCGAGGGCAAGAACGUCAUCAUCAAGUGGCGUGGUAAGCCCGUCUUCAUCCGCCACCGUACCGCCGACGAGAUCAAGGAGGCCGAGUCCGUCGACUGGGAGAAGCUCCGUGACCCGCAGUCCGACGGCGACCGAGUCAAGAACCCCGAGUGGCUGGUCAUGUUGGGUGUCUGCACACACUUGGGUUGCGUGCCGAUCGGCGAGGCCGGUGACUUCGGCGGCUGGUUCUGCCCGUGCCACGGUAGCCAUUACGACAUCUCAGGACGAAUCCGAAAAGGCCCAGCACCGCUGAACUUGGAGGUGCCAACAUACGACUUCCCCGAGGACAACAGCUUGGUUAUUGGUUAAGCUUUUUCUUAUGUGCAUUGCGGAACGUUGGAGGGAGAAAUAUGAAAUUCGUGUCAUCAAAAAAUAGAGGCCAUUGGGGAAGGGAACAAAGAGCGGAUUCUUCUCCCUCACCAGUGGCCGUGUGAGAAACCACGCAUCGAGUAAAGCGAAAAAAGAACCCUGGAGUCGCUCUCUGACUUCCAGCAUGUACAAAUUAUUCGAGAUUUGCUCCUUUUUUGAUAGCGUAUGUGAAACCAGUCUACAUAAACUACCGCGUCUCGUU